AUACACCAAUUGUCACACAUAUACGGCCCGAUUCCUGUUUGGAUACUCUUCCUACAGGACACGCAUAUAAUACUUCCCCGAAAACAUCACAGAAUACACCACAUCUCCCCUCACGAGACCUACUUCUGCAUCACCACAGGUUGGCUCAACUUUCCAUUAGAAAAGAUACACUUCUGGUCGACACUCGAACUGAUGGUCGAAUCAAUCACUGGAUGCAAACCACGAGCCGAUGAUCUCAAGUGGGCUCAAAAGGGGUUGGGAUUUGUCACUCAACCCAAUGCUCGCAAUCUUAUAGAACAAGUCAUUCCUUCUCAUUGAAGUACAUUAGAGGACCACUUAUUUAUUUAUUCAUUGUUUGAUAGACUUUUAAGUCAAUUGUUACACACAAUCAACCAUUCGUUAGACACUAAACGAGUGGUUAUACGCUAUAUUUGAGUCACUUUUUAGUCAUAUUUAUUAUGAAUUUAGCAAAAAUAUAUAUUUAUAAAUAGGAAUUUCUAUUCUUUUCUUUAAUAUUUA